AUGGCUCACCAACGCACUCACUCAACGAGUGAGGGUCUCAAGGGCCCACACGCUGUCAGCCUGAAGGUUUUGCGCCUCUCGCGCCCCUCGUUGGCCCACAGCUUCCCGCUCCCGCAGCCCGCCGAGCGCGAUGAAUUCACCAUACCGCCCAAUGCCUCCCUCGCCUACCCCACCGCCGAACCCAAGGACCCCUUCAUGGUCUCGCCGCUCUUGAAGCUACCCGAGGCGUUUGGGAGCGCGUAUGUCGGCGAGGCCUUUUCAUGCACGCUCUGUGCGAACAACGAACUGCUGCACGGUGACGAGAGCAGGACGGUGAGCGCUGUAAAGAUCGCUGCUGAAAUGCAGACGCCCUCUGCUCCAGGUGGCAUACCGCUGGAGCUGGAGCCGCGAGACGACGGCGAUGGAGGACAGAGCCAAGGGAUUGUCGGCACGGGUCAAUCGGUGCAGAAGAUCCUUACAUUCGACCUGAAAGAAGAGGGUUCUCACACCCUGGCCGUCACGGUGACAUAUACUGAAACCCAGAUGGCUGGCGAGGGCCAGGCAGCGGGCGGCCGAGUUCGGACGUUCCGCAAACUAUACCAAUUCGUGGCACAACAGCUUAUCAGCGUGAAGACGAAAACCAGCGAGCUCGCCUCCAAGGGCGGACUGGGCAAAUUUGUACUAGAGGCGCAGCUGGAGAAUCUUGGCGAAGGAAGCUUGAGCCUCGAGCCGGUCAUUGUCAACGCAGAGGCGCCAUUCAAGGCCAGCUCCCUGAACAUGCCUCUCAACGCUUCUCCGGAAGAGCCGCCUCAUCUCCCUGUGCUCGGUCCUGGGGAUGUCUCCCAGGUCGCUUUCAUCCUUGAGCAGCAAGAAAGCGCAGCGGAGGAGGACGCAACUCCGGCAUCAAAGGCAUCAGCGCGACGCAUGCUUGUCCGCAACCUAUGGAACAAGAAGGGAGAGCAGGCACGCUCGUAG